AUGUCUUGUGUUCUAGGUGAUCAAAAACAAACAGCCUGGGAAGACGAACUACUGGCUCUAACAGAGCAACUGGAGGAAAUCGAAGUUUAUCAGGGCAACAGCAAAGGAAAUUACCGGGUGAAUCACAUUCCCGAUAACGAAGCGGCCACCCAGGUGUUUCUGGACGAAGUGACGGCACACUUCAACAGAUUAAACGACCUCCAGCUUGCGCGGAGUAUUGCUCAUGCUGUCAAUUUAGAUGGCCCGGCAAUCUCAGCUAUCAGAAAGGCAGAAACACAGGCCGAGACAGACCGACGUUUGGCAAUAAGAACCAGUGCGAAUGAUCCUACACUUGAGAAGCCUCCCAUUGCCAAUGAGACCAGUGGUGAUUGCCCAGCUCCACAAGAAAAUAGCUUUUGCAUGAUCACUCGGACUUUCGGCAGCAAUGACAUUGACGAGGAGAAUGAUGCAGCUGGCCCGUCAGUGACCUAUGCACAACGGCAGGAAGAGAAAGAGGAGGUUCGAUGUUGUGUCUGCUACGAUGAAUUCCCACUACACAAGAUGAUUCGCUUGAAAUGCUCUCACCUCUACUGUGUCGAUUGCAUGAAAGGUCUUUUCCUACGGGCUACAAAAGACGAAUCUCUGUAUCCACCUCGAUGCUGUCGUGAGCCAAUCCCUCUACUUCUCAUUCAGACAGAGAUGUCUGAACAGGAGCUGGAGGUCUUCAAUAGCGCAGAAAUUGAGCAUAGUACUACGGAAAGGACAUAUUGCAGUAAUAUGCAAUGUCGUAUGUUUAUACCACCAGGCAGAAUUACAGCAGACGAAGCGAAUUGUCCUUUUUGUGGCUCUUCCACUUGCACGAUGUGCAAGAAAGCGUUUCAUCAGGAUGACUGUCCUGAAGAUACAGCCCUCCAGGCCACUCUAUCUCUGGCCAGCAGGGAGGGCUGGCAACGCUGUUUCUCGUGCCGGCGCUUAGUAGAGCUAGGUAUGGGCUGCUACCACAUAACGUGCAAAUGCAGAGCUCAAUUCUGCUACCUCUGUGGGGCAAAAUGGAGAUCUUGCUCCUGUGAGGGGUGGGAUGAACAACGACUUGUUGAGAGAGCCGAGGAGGUUCUGGAUCGAGAGGCCACUCAGGCACUAAUGCCUCACGAUCGUGAAAUUCGGGUCGUACAAAUGCAAGAAAACCUGAGGGAAAACCAUGAAUGUGGUCAUCCGGGGCGCUUUCAACGAAUAUCUGGAAUUGGAGGUGGCAGGCCUUUCGUGUGUGAAAUAUGCGAGGCAGCCCACUGGAGAUAUAUUCUCCAGUGCCGCCGAUGCUAUCUACAAGUGUGCCAGGAUUGUCGUCGACAUCGCAUUUAA